AUGGAGGAGUGGGUGGAGUUGGAGGAGUGGGCGGUGUUGGACCUGGAGGAGUGGGCGGAGUUUGGCCAGGAGGAGCGGGUGGAGUUGGACCUGGAGGAGUGGGCGGAGUUUGGCCUGGAGGAGUGGGUGGAGUUGGACCUGGAGGAGUGGGCGGAGUUGGAGGAGUGGGAGGUGUUAGACCAGGAGGAGUGGGCGGAGUUGGAGGAGUGGGCGGAGUUGGACCUGGAGGAGUGGGCGGAGUUUGGCCUGGAGGAGUGGGUGGAGUUGGACCUGGAGGAGUCGGUGGAGGUUUUUGGUAUCCAGGUGUUGGACUGGGAGCAGGAAAGCCUCCUAAACCAGGUGCUGGAGGAGUGGGUGGAGUCGGACCAGGGGGAGUGGGCGGAGUUGGAGGAGUGGGUGGAGUCAGACCAGGAGGAGUGGGUGGAGUUGGACCAGGAGGAGCCGGUGGAGUUUGGCCAGGAGGAGUCGGACCAGGAGGAGCAGGUGGAGUUUGGCCAGGAGGAGUGGGCGGAGUCGGGCCAGGAGGAGUGGGUGGAGUCGGGCCAGGAGGAGUGGGCGGAGUCGGGCCAGGAGGAGUGGGCGGAGCUGGCCUUGUUCCUGGUGCUGGAGGCCUGCCUGGUGGAGGUGGAGCGUAUCCAGGUGCGGGAACAGGAGCGGGGAAGCCCUCUAAAGCAGGGUAUGGUUUUUUGGGUGCAGGAUAUCAGCAAGGGGGCAGUAUACUGGGCUUUGGUGGAUACCCACAAGCCUAUGGAGCUAAAGCAGCCAAGUACGCUGCUCUCCAAGCCUUCCUGGGUGGAGGAGGCAGCAGAGGGGGCGCCGGAUGUCAAGGCAAGUACUGCGGCAGACGGCGGAAGUGAACGGCCCCGAAAAUGAAGUGACCUCAAGAAAUUUUGGUGCUACUGCAUGAUCUGGAGAAUGUACAUUUCUUAUUUACAAAAUCAUUUGUUUUUACAUUUUGUACUGUACAUCUGUCACUGAAAUCUUAAGGUUUUCAAAUAAAUUUUUACUGCGUUUAAAAUCAUGAAAGCCAAAAAUAAAAUAUGAGAAGAUAGCGUUUUUUGUAGUCAAUGAUUUGUGUGCACUGCAUGGCACAUUUAUUUUCAUAGAAACAUUGAUUCUGCCUGCAUCACAUGUUCUUGUUUUCUUUGCUUUUUUUUAACUAAGGCACUCACUGAAUUUGUUAAAUGCUCCCUGUUUGUCAGUCCCCCAUUGUCAAUACUGGUCUCUGUGCCACAUUUUGAAACAAGUCCGGAACAGGACGUUGAAUAACGUUCAUAUUCUGUGACGUUUUUGGGCAGGAGGUUUGCUUGGUCAAACCGCACGCGCCCAGUUUGUGAUGAAGCCUGAGCUCUUUAGUGCCAGUGAAAUAUCCAGUCUUAAUUUAACUCUAACAGAGUGCAUAUGAGUCCAGUAGGGACCAGUGUGAGAGCUGAUUUAACACUGAACAUUUUACUCUGUGGUUAUUGGGGUGUUGAUGGACUCGGGGCAUUUUAACGGUUGCUCUCUAGGCGCAGGCCAACAACAAUCUGCACUAUUUCAGAGAUCUGUCGAAAAAAAAAAUAAAUAAAUAAAUAUAAAUAAGCAUAAGGAGUGUUGCAGGUAGGAACAGGGUUACCAGCAACUUUCACAGACAUUUUAAGGCAAUGAAAGAAUAAUAGCUUACAGCAUCUUUAACUUGGUUUUUUGUUUAGUUUUUUUUUUUGUUUUGAGUUUUUGUUUUUGUAUUUUUAUGCUUGUUUACUGUUACCAUGUAUGCCAUACACUUUAUUUUGUGAACAGAAUAUUUGGCAUCCAGGGUGAUGCAUGGCUACAGGUUGAGUCCCCACUUACACAAGCCUCUCGGUUCUUGCGUGUGGGCCCAUAUCUGAGCAGCCGUCCAAAGUCAAAACCAAUUUGCUUCUAAGCUUUCGGGUUAAAGUUCUUGCUCCUCUCACCAUUAUGAACUGUGCUUGUUAAUCCUCGGACGAUCAUUGUAAGUUAUGAAAUAAGAUGAUCUUCCUUUGUCAUUGCUGAAACAUUUGGGCUUAUUGUGGGGCACUGAUUAAAUAAGUUUUUAUUUUAUUCUAUUUUGUGUACCUUUCUCCUCAGCAGUAUUUAUUAUGCUGAGGUGGCUGAAUGUGAUGUCCCCCCAACGUCCCGGUUCUGACUGUGUUCUGGAACCGUCGGUGCUGUUCAAACACGUAAAAAUCAUUGCUUACUGUGUUGUGUAGGCUAUGUACGCCGUGACAGCGCGUGCAGGAGGCCGUGUUUACCGCAGAUGAAAACGAGCCGUCUUUGCUCCUGUUACAUUGUUUCUCUUUUGCUGUAUUCCAACAGUCUCUUUGUCUUAAUGCGCGGGGGGACGGUUUGUAUUGUUUAAAAGAUGUGGAGCAAUGCUUAGUUUUCAUGAUGCACAAUCCAAUACGUACGGGGGAAAUCCCCGAUUUUGUAACAAUUUCAGUAAAUAAAAGUUAUAAAUCGAAA